UGUAACACUCAACAGAAAAACAGUAAUUUUGGGAAGGGAUUGAUACCAAGAGAAACUAUGUCUUGGUAAAACCUUUGUGUUUUCUUCAUGCAUCUUUAUACAGUCUUUUCCUCCACCUCGCCCUCAUUCAGGUUGUUCUUGACCCUACUCCUUGCCCUGGAUGUCUGAAAGAGCCCGUCUUAAAGGAGUGCAAGAAUGCCCCCUGCUGUGACGAGAGAUACCAGUUUGUGAAGCAAGGAGUCACCAUGUGUGAGCCAUGCACCCGACCUUGCUUAGACAGUCGACACCUGGUAGAAAUUAAGACGUGUGGCGCAACCUUUAACCGAGAGUGCCAUUGCGAAAAAGGUUUUUACUGCAGUAGUAAGGCACAGUACACGUGCAGGAGGUGUUUGUCUUGUCCAUCCGGCACCUUUUCCAGCGUCACAUCUUUGGAAUCCAUGGAACGCACUUGCAAGCAACAUACAAACUGUACCAACUUUGGACUGGUAAUGAUUUCUGAAGGCAAUAAUACCAGAGAUCACCAGUGUGGCCCAGUCUCCACCACCCCAGCAACUGCCAUGCCAAUUACUAAGCGGCUCUUUAGCACCCUUCAGGCAACCACUGUUAGAGCUCUGGAGCCCACAAACACGUUUAUACUUCCGGUAACGGAGCAGAAUUCCUCCAGCGCUUCAUCCCAGUAUCCCAACGUCACCAUCUCCCAGAGUUCUUCUAGCUCUGCGUACCAGGAAUCCAUUACAACCACCCCCUUGAUGUCCUCCAGCCCUACCUCCAGCCAUCGCUUCAACAUCAGCACCUCCCAGAGUUCCUCCAGCACUGAGCACCAGUUCAACAGUCCUGCACCUCAGGGCACCAGUAAUUCACCUUCUGUCCAGUCCCUCUGGUUGCUCAUCUUAGUUUGCUUGCUGCUGCUUGCUGUAUUAUUGGCAGGGUUCUGCAGGGGUAAGAGGUUGAAGAAGCUACAGGAGUACUGUGGUCUGUCAGUGAAAAAGGAGACACAGAAGACUGGAAACCUCGCCCUAACUCCCCAGUCACCUGAACAACCUUUGUUGGAGUCCCUCUAUAAUGAGAGCAGGGAGGUGGCUGUACCUGAGGAAGCCGGGGCUGCCUACAGCGGCAGGCAGCAGAUCACGGUGGACCAGAGUGGGGGAGGAGAGAGUGUCAAAAACACCGUGGGGUCCAUAUACAUCUACUCUCCUGGGAUGGUGGUCCUUGGGGCCAAUUCGUCGGAGCGUAGAGAGGAGCCUGUAGAGGGGCAGGCCUUUAUCAGCACACCACAGCAAGAGUCCCUCAGGGAGCCAGUGACCACAGGGCCUUGGGUGAGGUGUCCCAAUGGAGCACCCUUGGUGGAAGGGAUGCAAGAGGAAGAUCACAAACUCAGUUAUCCGGUGCCAGCCACUGGAAAGUGACAGCAAAGGAUGAAUGCAGGCAUGAACAUAGAAGAGACCUGUCACUCAUUACAGGAUGAACAGUGGAUCUGAAUGAAGGAUCAGAGAGAAGAGCAAGGUGCCAGGAAAACAUGUCUUGAACUGGAAGAAUGGAAAAGAUAGCAGAAACACCACCUAGACUGAGAGAGAACUUAUUUCGUCUUUGCCAAACAUUCAGAACUGGACUUCAAGAUGACAUUUCCUAGUGAUAAAAUGCAAGAUGACUGACUCAGGGUGACUCAUUGGACCAAAGGACAUCUAGUUCAUUUUAUUUUUUUACAUAGUAUUUUUCCCAGUUGCCUUUUCCCAGCCCUUCUGUUUUCCUUGUAAAUAGUGCAAGAAAGGUUUCCUCUGCAUAUGUUGUGACAUUUCCCAGAAGAAUGUCACACUAGAUGUUUUUGCUUAUCACUCAUAAGGAUGGGGGUUUUUUCUCACAGUUGAAUAAAAUAGGCUAUAUGGUGUGUAGACACAAGAGACUGGCCAUAAUGACUCAGAUGCACAAGAAUUUCUCCAAAAUGGUAGUGUUUAGAGCGUAUGCUACGCUCCUCUAGUAAUUACAGUGCUGCUGUGGUUUGCGCAAUACAACUGAAAACGCACACAAGAAUAGGCCUUGUUGCGCAACGGCUGACAAUAGUGACGAAGAGGUGUGAAAUUUCUGAAUAAAAUGACUCUUGUGUGCUGAGGCCAGGAUUGCCUUGCUUUAAUGGCUACGGCUACGUCUUCUGGUCUGGCAUAUAAGGCUGCAGAAAGCUGCAUGGAAAUUGUCAGAAAGAACUUGGCCUUGUGCCAUAUGCAACCCAGGUCCCAGCAUGCCCUUGGUUUUCUUAAUUGAUUGUUUGCUUGUGCAUGCUUUGCACAAUGUAAAUAAAAAUGAUCGCUAAGGAGUCAUUUUUUAAAAUGUUUUUAAGAAGACAUUUCUUAAUUUUAUCUCGAACUGAAUAAUGCAGUGGAAACUAAGUUUUCAUUAGAAAAGAAUAUGUACUUAAUUUUUCGGUGAUGUCUGAGGCAUCACAUUCAUUCAGUAAAAGAAUAAUUAAAUCAGAAUAAUUAAAUAGCUCAGAUACAGCAAAACCAGCACACAGUGGGCUCUGCCGGGACCAGGUCUGAGAACCACUAAACCAGACUCCACAUCCUGUCCAUUAUAACACAUUUUGUAUGGUGUUUUCUUUAGGGCAGAACUUUGGCCCAGUAGCUGGUGGGUGUUGCUACACAGCUGCUCAGUUGUGGGUUUCAAUCUUGUAUCAGCUUUCUUCACAUGGAGUUUCCUCUGAGUACCUUGGAUUUCCUCCAUGCUCUAAAGAUGUUGAAUUGCCAUUAGUGAGUGACGUUUUUAGUCAUCUUGGGGGUUUCUUCUGUAAUUGCCACUUUAUGGCUCUGUGGGAAUGAUAACAGAUACAGACUCGGGAUGUUGAACGUUCUUGCUUUAUUCUUGUGUGCAUAAGUUACUUUGAAGGGUCUGAGUUCUGGACCACAGGAUAUACUCAUUGGUAUGCAUAGCAGUUAUUCCUGUAGUUUCAUUUAACACGGCUGCCAUAACAGUACCAACAACGACUUAAAUUAUAAAUAAGAAGUGCUUGUGAGUGGGAUCAUGUCGUUAAAUUAAGAUCCUUGCAGCCAGACGCACUUCUGAGCUCAUCCUGUAUGAUGGCAGUAUGAUGGAAACCAAGUCAUUGGUUUUCUUGCCCAUGUCGAUGGCAGAAAUUUUUAUUUACUGCCUUCAAGGUUGGUCUAGUGGAGAUUGUUGUUUGAAUACCAUUUGUGGCAGGAGAGCACUGGAAUUAGAAUCCAGCUCUAUAAUUCUGUCACUGCAUGCUGUGUUGUUCUUAUUACCGAGUGUUUGUUGUACUCAGGAAAACCACUCUUUCAUAUCUUUUAUUUUAAAUUUCAUCAGAGCUACUUGCCUUUUAUCACAUUAACUGUGAUAUUACUGUAUAAGAUCAUGCCGAAUGAUAUCAAAUGCUUACUGAUCUGGCAUGGUCACACACGGUGACUUCUCUUUCACCUUGGGCGGUGGAUUCU